AUGACUGCUAGCUGCACCAUGCGAUUCAUUCAAGUUCUCGUUAUCCUCCCAGCCCUUGCUGCGGCGCAAGAACAGGUUCCCCUUGCGGAUCGUGUUCAGGGAUGGUUCAACAAGGCCAAGUCUUACCUGCCAACUGCGACUCCUGUCGUUCCUACGGUCGAUAAGGUCGUCGAGCAGAAGGUCCAACAGAAGGCUGUUACGGUCACCCCUUUUAAUAUGGGCAACUGGCAGUCUAACUUGGAGCCAUCUUCCGAGCCCCAAGACUGGCUGCUGUACAUUACUGGCGGUAACAAGACAUGUUUCGGUCGUUGCGGAAACGCGGACAAAGCUUUCAAUGAAUCUCUCCUCCUGUUCUCMGCAGACCCUACCUCCCCUAAUCUUGGUUAUCUGAACUGCGAAUCGGACCAGCUCCUGUGCUCCACAUGGUCUGCAGGCGCCCCGUCCGUUUGGUACUUCGAGGUUCCUCAAGCUCAGCUUGGCGAGGGUCGUGCUGCGACGCCUCUCCACAUCGUGUAUCUGAACACGACCACUGUGACGGCCCAGGACAUCUACAAGGUUCAUUCCGAGAAGACCUACAAAAAGGAACCCGCUUACGAAGGUGCCCUCCACCCAACGGACGGCUGGUUAGCCCAGAACAACCUUCUUGUUCCCGUGGGUUAUAUCAUCCACGGUUUCAGCGUUAUCCCCAGUUGGCUCUUCAUGAUCUUCAUCAGCUUUGCUAGUCGAACCCUGAUGAGCCGCCGAAUGGGCAACACGGGACCUCGCCCUAACUAG